UCGCAAUCGUUAAAAUGCGCAAAAUGAUUUUCAAACACGCAUGGAUAUUUUUUUUAUUCUUUACCUUCGAAUUAAAAGAUGUUUUGGGAGUGUUUGGGCCUUUAAACUGUGAACAUGCCGUGUUAAGAGGAAAUUAUGCUGAAAUACUUCAAAAAAAUUCAGGAUAUGACAGUUCAGGACUCUUCUCAGUGAACUGGGCCUCAAUGUUCCAAAAUGAAUAUGGAACUACUAAAACUACCGCGUACUGUGUUAAUUUUCUACUUGUUCACUACGGAAUGAAGAGCACACAACUUGACUUAAUGAACGAAUGUUGCCCGGAGGGUUACAUAUUGGGAUCCAAAGACGAUGCUGAAUAUAGACUAGGAUGCAAUUGUCCCCAGCUUGAUGGUCAAAUUAAACACCUGAACAUCACUAAACGAUUUCAAGGGAUCGAACCCUUCAAAUUGAAUAUAUGUGGUGAGGAAAACCUGGUGAUAAUUUCAGUUUUCUAUGAUGAUUGGUAUGAUUAUAAAGGUUUCAAUAAUUACAGAUUUAUCUUUGAUAAUAUCAGAAACUGUACUGAAGAAACACCAGUAGAAAUAUUUAAAAAAAAAGAACUAAACUACUGUGAAUAUCUGGACAUGUUACCCAACUAUAGAGAACUUAUUCUUGAUAAUUCAGGAUAUAAUAAUGGUUCUGAUCCUAAUUCUCUAUACUUCAACUGGGCGCUGGCUUUCAGUCUUGAUUCAGAAUCCGGAUUAUCCUAUGCUACUUGUUUGAACGAGGUGUAUUUUUACUAUGGAAUCAGGCUUAAAGAUCUCAGAUAUAUGGUUGAUUGCUGUCCAUGGGAGCCUGAUAUCGAUGUAAUGAAUAAUUCAUUUAAAAAAAAUCCUGCCUGGACCAUAAAGAAGGGUAAAUGUGAAUGUUCUGGUUUAAAUAUUCGAAAUAAAACUGCUAAUAUUCUUAUAGAUGGAAUUCAACCUGUCAGGUUGCCAGUAUGUGGAGAGGAAAAUGUGGUUAUUGUAUCAUUCUUCCAUGGUUACCACAGUGAGUGGGCAUUUAUAAACAAACGUUUUAUAAUUGAUACUCCUGCUUGUGUGAACCCUCCUGCAGUAGAGGUAGAGGAGACGGGGGGUCCUUUAACUGGUAUUAUACUGGGAGGAGUUGGAAUUAUUCUAAUAAUCAGCAUUCUUAUAUUCGUAGCAUUUAGGAACCAUUCAGGAGAAUUGAAACCUUUGUCAGCUGCGGCAGGACAAUCAGAUGAUAAAGCUCCUCCAGCUUCUACAGUUUCAGAGGAGAGCAUCAGUGUAUAUAGUAUUACAAAAAUAUGAUCGUCAUUAUUAUUUAUAACUACAAACAUACGAUAACUUAAUUCUAACCAAUACAUCUUUUUUCUAAAUUAUUUGUUAAUAAAUGUAAUAAUUUUCUUUAACUCCA